GGGAGGAAGAGCGCGUCCAUCAGAUCCCAGCCCCCUGGAGCAGAGGCUCCUCCUCCGCGUGUCAUGCAGGAUGAAGAGGCAUCCAGUUCUUUAAGUCCUGUGACAGUGUCUACUUUGCCCCUGCAGUUGCAGCCCACACCUGUGACAGUGUUACAGCCACUAUAUGAGGGGCAUAUCUGCACAUUACCAGGACAUCUCAGAAUCCAGCCCUCUCUGUGGAGCAAGGAUGAUGUGAUUCACUGGUUAAGAUGGGCUGAAAAGGAAUAUUCACUCAGGGAAACAGAUGAAAGUAAAUUUGAAAUGAAUGGAAAAGCCCUUUGCAUUCUCACCAAAGACGAUUUCAGAUUCCGGGCUCCUAAUUCAGGAGAUGUUUUGUAUGAGUUACUCCAGUAUAUUAAGACCCAGAGAAGAGCACUUGUUGGCAGCCCUUUCUUUAACUCUCCCUUUAGGGAUGCAGAGCACACACAGAUCCAGAGCGCCUCGGAAGGCAUGAAGGGCAAGCUAGAACGUCACCCAGCAUGUGGCCAUCUGCAGCCUACAGAUUGUUCGUUUGUCACAACUGGUCAUCCAGGCCACACAGAACAAACUAGAUCUUUCACCAAGACCUUUUAUGUUCCUGGAGCAAUUAAUUUCUCACACCAAGAUCACAGUACAGAAGUCAGAUACAGCACAAAUGUUGUCUGCUCUUUUCCUGUGACAUCACCAGCCCCAGUCAGUGGUAAAAUUGCAGACUGCAGGUUACUCUGGGAUUAUGUCUAUCAGCUCCUCUGUGACAGCCGAUAUGAACCAUUUAUCAGAUGGGAAGAUAAAGAAGCCAAGAUCUUCCGGGUUGUUGACCCCAAUGGACUAGCUAGGCUCUGGGGAAAUCACAAGAACCGUAUGAACAUGACAUAUGAGAAGAUGUCAAGAGCUCUGAGACAUUACUAUAAACUCAACAUAAUAAAAAAAGAACGAGGACAGAAACUUUUAUUUAGAUUUCUGAAAAUUCCUGGAGAGAAUAAAUCCGACAGGUGUAGUAAAUUUGACCAGUUGGACAGCGAAGAACAGGAAAGAGAGAACUGGAAAGAAGGGUUGGAAAUCUCACCCUAGCUGGCUGCCUAGCCAUAGCUGUCACCAAGAGGUUGUUUUUGUGCAAUGGAAAGGUUUGAAAUGAUAAAGUGAAGUAGACAGUGUCUCAGGGCUUGUCUCUGCUCGAAUGGAUAGCAUUGGCCCGGGGGGUUCUGUAGCUUUCGUAGCUGACCAUUUGCUUUGAAAAGUGCUCUUAACUUGUGCAUUCAUGUUUACACAGAAGCAGGGUAUUCUGACUUGUGCGUUCAUGUUUACACAGAAGUAGGGUAUUCUGGUCCAACUCCCUAUUUGCCCCUUGUAACUGGGGAAUUAACACUUCUCAGAGAUCAGUCUUGAUUAAAACCUUUUAAAAAAAGUAACAGCAAACUCUGCAGUCUGCAACCACCGCACAUAUCUGUCAGCUGGUGCCCUGAUGUAAUUAAUAAAGGUAACAUUAGGACAGGAAUGCAAAGGCACAGGAAGGCCGAUAUAAGCAAUUGCAAAAGAUACAUAGGCUGGUUAGGCUCUCAAUCUCCAUGUUUCAAUAUAUUGUUUUAGUAGGAACAGGUGCCUCUCAAAAGCGAUACAGCCUGUAUCAUACAAACACAGCUAGCUUCCCAGAGUGUCCAUAUUAGUGCUUAGAUUAGUUCAGUGCAGACUGUAGAAGCUGCCUUUCAAUACCAUUCAGCACUAAUUCAUAGUAAACUGCUAAUGUAGAUCAAAAUCAAGAUAAUGAUUUUUACAUUGUUUUGCCUGGAGAUCACUUCAGAUUUUAUAAAGGGGAAAUGGAAGCUGAGAGAGAGAAAAUAAAGGUGCUGAUUUACCAGCUGUUCUUGUCCCAGUCAUGCAGAAACAAAACACAAACCUUUAUGACUGGGUUCCAUAUAUGGUAAGAUGAUGUCAGGCUGGUAGUAUGAAUUGAGUAGGUCUUGUAGUCACACAAACAUGAAAGGAAGGCUUGAGGUUUUUGCUUGCAAUGUUUUCCUUAGGAGUUUAAUUUGCUUUGGUUUGUCACUCUCAUGUAUAUGGUUGUUUUCAUUUCAAGAUCCUUACAAUUACUAUCCUUGGCUAGAGAGCCACAUCUAAUUGCAUGCAACUAGUCUUGUAUGAUGAGUGGUGAUCUCAAAAGAGGAUGUAUCAAAGGAUGCAUCCCGCUGUUUCACUGAUAGCAUGAAGUAGGGUCACUUCAAAGCAGAAGCAGGCACCCAUCUCAAUUACAUAUAUUACCUUUGUGAAGCUUUUCUGCCUAUGGAUCUGUUGUUGCUGGAUCCAAGAGCUGAUUUAUGGAGACCUUGUCUUUGAUUUAUUCUGGGUUAAAUCAGUGGCUCUUAAAUAGUAGAAUGGACUUCCUUACAAGGUCACAGAGCACCUAGAGAGCAAUGCAGUUCUAGGGAGGGAUACUGUUCCUGGGGCAAGUGGAGGCCCCUGAAAGAUGCUUACUGAUUCAACUUGGAUUUGUGAAGAUGACUGUACUUUCUUUGCCGUAUCAUUUCAAACUAAUUUAAAAAGAACGGAGCUCCAAAAGAGCCUUAUACCAUGCACAUUUUCAUGUGCAUGGUAUUAGGAGUCAGUCACAGAGGUCCUGUUCUUCUUCAAAUGUCAAUGUUGGGUGAUAGCAACACAAUCCUCACAUAUGUAAGCAGGUUCUGUCCACAGCGGCAUACAAAAAUCUCACAUCCCCAUUUGUGGGACACUUGGCUUGUGCUCAGCAGGGAAGAAAAAGAGUUAAAGAAGCUUGAGAAACAAUGGGUUGAGGAAUGAAUGUUAAUCUUUUACUUGAAUUCUACUGACUAAUUGAAUCUAAGACAUCCUUGCACUAAAGCAUGUAUUUAAGACCUUUGCCACACCAAGAGGAAAUGAUUAAUGUUCAGGUAGACAAUGAGUUUUGUUUUUGUUUUUCCAAAAUGGAUGAUGCAGUGAAAUAAAACAGAC